AUGUUGGCUGAGUUUGUGAUGGACUCUCGGAAGAAGGACAAGCUUCUGUGUAGCCAGCUGCCAGUAGCGGACUUCCUGCAGAGUUUCAUGGUGAAUGAGGACACUGCCCAGGGUCUAGCUUCUGAAGACACAAGCCGGAAAAUGGCAGCAGAAGCCAAGGAGCAGUGGAAAGAGCUGAAGGCCACCUAUCAGGAACACGUGGAGGCCAUCACAAGUGGUCUGAAGCAGGCCCUGCCUCUGAUGGAGGAGGCCCGGCUGAAGCAGGCCAAGCUCCAGGGGGCGCUUGAGCAGCUCCAGGCCAAGAAGCAAGUGGCCAUGGAGACACAAAGGGCAGCCCAGCAGCAGUGGCAACUACAGCAGGAGAUGCAUGUGCAGCAUGUGGCAGAAAUAAGAGAUCGACAGAGGGAAACUCAGCAGGAGGUUGAACGGCUGUAUCAGGACCUCGGAAGCUUGAUGAGUCAGGCCGAACAGGAACGGGAUAAGCUGCACAGACACCAGGCCUUCCUGCAGCUACUGUGCAACCUGCAGAAUCAGAUGCUCCCCGAGGCGGAGGCAGAGCGGCAGCCACCUCAGUAG